CGGAAGUGACGUUAGUUGGCGGUAAGUUAGAAAUGGUCUAACAAUUUUUCAGCGAAGUUGCAGAGUGUUGCUGCAUAGAUAUAUAUAUAUUGACUGUCAAAAAUAAACAGGAAUGGUUGAUCGGGAUUUGAAGCGCUGGGCCAUUAAAGAAUUCAACUAUCCUUCUAAUAAACUGCCACCGGACCGCUGUCUAAGAAAAUUUUGCGCUGGUCAACGCAGCUCUAUUUGGAAGUAUGUCACUCAACAUGUGUUUAAGGAGAAAAAAGUUGAAAUCAGAAGGAGGAACGUCAAUUGGUACAAAAGACUGGAGGAUGAUGAGCUGAAGAAAGUGGAGUCUCUGCGUAAGCGAGAGAUUCUGAAGGAGAUCACUGAGCUGAAGGCUCAGAUCCACAAGCAGGACAUCAGCCUCAAAGAGGCCGAGGAAGAUCUGCAGAGGAACGAGCGUGCCUGCAGUGUGAGCUGGGCUCGGCAUGAGGAGAGGGGGCGGAGGGAACUGUUGCUAUGGAGUUACCUGCAGCGCUGUGGCGACGUGAGGAGGAGCCUAACCGACGACACGCAGCCAAUCAGAGAACAGAGGCGGGCCCUGGAGGAGCACCUCAGCAAGGGAGAAGUGGAGCUGUCCUUCCACCUGUCCGGAGCUGGACACGGCCUCAACGUGGAGCCUCUAGUGAUGCAUGAGGUGAGGAAGCUGUGUGAGGACCGCGUCCGCUAUCUGAAGAGUGUGCAAGCGCAGGCCGACGCUGACGACCAGAAGAGCACAGCUGCUGCAUGCGCUGACCACCCGAGUCCAGCUGAGAGGGAGGCUGCCUACAAGGACUGGUUAACCGCUGUGAAGGUCUUUCUUCAGACCCAUCCUCCUCGUCAUGUGCUGGCCUCCCUGCACGUGUUGGCCCAUCAGCAGGCCGGCCCGGAGGAGGCCCUCUCUGGACGCAGGUCCCCAGAGGAACAGAACACAGAGGAGAACCGACCGUCACUCAAGACUCUGUUUCAGUUGGCCUGGGUGGAGGCUGAGGAGUGUGUGGUGGAACUGACCCGCACACGCUGCAGGACUCAGGAGCUCCGGAACGACAUCAGAGUGCUGCUCAACGAGGAGACCAUGCUGGAGGACCAAGACCAGCUCAAGCACGCUGCGCUGAGCCGGCGGCUGCAGUGUGUGUGCCGGGCGGCCGAGAGGCGCAGCGUCCAGGAGCAGUGUGUCCACAUGGAGGCCCAGACCCGGCUGACCGAGCGCCACACACACACCCUCCGCCAGCAGCACAGCAGCAUCAUGGGACUCCGCAGGGCCGUGGUAACCAGGCAGAAGAAUGUCCAAGACCUCAUCACCGGGAUCUCCAUUACACAGAGGGAGCUGGUCCACAUGCGCGCUGAGAUCAGGCAGUUCCUGAGUUCCAGCCUGCUGCCCCUGUAUGAGCAGAUCGUGGAGCUCACUGGCGCCCUCUGCAGUCAGGUGCUGGUGGAGGCGCGGCAGUUUGGGAGUGUGCCGAUGACCGCCCUGGACUGCAGGGAACUCAGCGGAGGUCAGAAGGUUCCUGCCUGCCAACUCUCCAUUUAUCGGAUCAACACUCCACGAUUCCUGAAGCUGUGCAGCAGUCUGGGUUUCCCACUGUACAAGAACCCAGCGGAGCUCCUGAGCCACGUGGUUCUCCAGCGCGUAGAGCUGCGUCGCCGUAGAAACGCCCUCCUGCUCCUCUCCUCCUCCACGGCAGCCGUACGCAAAGCCAUCGCCCAGCUGCCCGCGCCCGACACCCAGGCCCUGAUGGAGAGGGUGCGCAGUGUGGACGAUGACCUGCAGAGGGUGCUGUUGCCCCGCGCCACUGAGGCCCUGCAGCACUGCAACAAGGGCCUGGACAGCUGCGGCCAAGUCAGGACAGCCAUCACACACUGGUGGGAGCAGCCGGCCCAGUUUGCGCUGCCGGACGAGUGUGUGGAGGGGAAGAGCUUCCUGCAGUGGCUCUACCGCUGGAAGAGGGCCACCAAGAAGCAUGACGUCUAAAAGCAACACGUACACAGCGACGGCCAACGCAGUCUAAACGUUCCAUAUAGCAACACGUACACAGCGAUGGCCAACGCAGUCUAAACGUUCCAUAUAGCAACACGUACACAGCGAUGGCCGACGCAGUCUAAACGUUCCAUAUAGCAACACGUACACAGCGAUGGCCGACGCAGUCUAAACGUUCCAUAUAGCAACACGUACACAGCGAUGGCGGACGCAGUCUAAACGUGCCAUAUAGCAACACGUACACAGCGAUGGCCGACGCAGUCUAAACGUGCCAUAUAGCAACACGUACACAGCGAUGGCCGACGCAGUCUAAACGUGCCAUAUAGCAACACGUACACAGCGAUGGCCGACGCAGUCUAAACGUGCCAUAUAGCAACACGUACACAGCGAUGGCUGACAUGUGUGUCUACAUUUGUAUGAAGCAGCACGUGCUGCAGUGAUGCUAGCCAAUAGGGCGGUCAUGUAGCACGUGCUGCAGUGAUGCUAGCCAAUAGGGCGGUCAUGUAGCACGUGCUGCAGUGAUGCUAGCCAAUAGGGCGGUCAUGUAGCACGUGCUGCAGUGAUGCUAGCCAAUAGGGCGGUCAUGUAGCAUGUGCUGCAGUGAUGCUAGCCAAUAGGGCGGUCAUGUAGCAUGUGCUGCAGUGAUGCUAGCCAAUAGGGCGGUCAUGUAGCACGAUGUCCGCCGUGUCCACUACACGUGAAAUCUGCUGAUCUAGUUUAGAGACGAUGAUCUAGUUUAGAGACGAUGAUCUAGUUUAGAGACGAUGAUCUAGUCUAGAGACGAUGAUCUAGUUUAGAGACGAUGAUCUGUCUGUGACUGACACCAGCUUCUGUGGCUAGAUACAGAUGGCACCGUGGCAAUGCCAAGACUUGUCAAAACAUGCCUGUGCUGUUUUAAACUGUAUGCUAAAUGUACUAUUGCUUGAUCUAUAUAUAAAACAUGCCUGUACUGUUUUAAACUGUAUGCUAAAUGUGCUAUUGCUUGAUCUAUAUAUAAAACAUGCCUGUGCUGUUUUAAACUGUAUGCUAAAUGUGCUAUUGCUUGAUCUAUAUAUAAAACAUGCCUGUACUGUUUUAAACUGUAUGCUAAAUGUGCUAUUGCUUGAUCUAUAUAUAAAACAUGCCUGUGCUGUUUUAAACUGUAUGCUAAAUGUGCUAUUGCUUGAUCUAUAUAUAAAACAUGCCUGUACUGUUUUAAACUGUAUGCUAAAUGUAGUAUUGCUUGAUGUAGAAAAUAACAGCCUUGCCCAGAUUAACACUUUAAUACAAAGUCUUUGCUUAAAGGAUGCUUGUCAUUUUAGUCAUUGUACAGUACAUUGAAAUAAACAUAUCUGAAAUUAUGCAAUAA